UUGUAUACUUCCUGUUUUGAGUGGGAUGUGUGGCAAAGUUGUAAAAAUGUUUAAAAGUUCCCUUUUCUUUGUAUUUGUGACUCUUCUUUUCAAUUUGACAAUAUUUGUACAUACACUAGAAAUAGACUUAACGGUAGAUGUGAAACCAGGUUAUGAAGAAUGCUUCUUUGAGGAGAUUAAAAAACCAACGAGUUUUGAAAUCGAGUAUCAGGUUAUAGAUGGUGGUGAUUUAGAUAUUAACUUCAUGGUGACGUCACCUCAUGGUAGAAUCAUGGUAUCAGAGCUCCAGAAAUCGGAUGCUGUUCACAAACUUGAUGCCACUGAGGUUGGUGUAUACAAGGUGUGCUUUGACAACUCAUUCAGUCACUUUGCAAGAAAGCUGGUCUUCUUUGAAAUCAUGACUGGGGAUGAUGAUGAGGAUGAGGAGGACGAUGAUAAGAAAGACUGGAAAGCAGCACAAGAGGAGCUAUCAUCUAUUGUUGACAUGACACUUGAAGAUUUCAAGAGACUGCUGGAUAAUGUCAACAAUAAUCUGGACAAGGCUCGCUCCGAUCAGCAAAUUCUUAGGAACUAUGAGGCUCGAGAUCGCAACCAACAGGAAAACAACUUCCAGCGAGUGAACUUUUUUUCAGGAGUACAAGUGUUUAUAAUGUUGUCUGUAGCUUUAACCCAAGUUCUUCUCAUCAGAAGUUUAUUUGAUGAUAAAAAGAGAGAAGUAAUCACGAGUCAGAGAACAAGAAGACCCCUGGUCCCCAUUCAUACUUGGCCAGAUGGAAUCGUGCCAUAUGAAAUUCCAGAAAACAGUUUUGAUAAGCAAUCGAGGGCUUUAAUUCGGGUUGCCAUGAACCGAUGGGAAAAACAAACAUGCAUCAAAUUUGUUCCCCUGUCUGACUCUGCUAGAAAACCGGAGUUUUACAUCAAAUUCUACAACUCCACUAACAGUUGUUUUUCAGAUAUAGGUAGAAGUAUAAACCAACGCCCUCAGUUACUGGGGCUUAGUAAAGGUUGUAUGUCUAUUCCUGUAAUUCUACAUGAACUUGGCCACGCCCUUGGAAUGAUUCACCCUAUGUCUCGCGAUGAUCGUAACUCAUUUAUUGACGUCCGGAUUCAAAACAUUAAACCCGGUGCCGACCGAAACUUCAUGACUAUGAGAGACAGGGGAUACAUGUAUUUUGCAUUACGCGUGCCAUAUGACUAUAAAAGCAUUAUGCAAUACAGUCCCACGAUAUGGUCCUGGAAUGGAGAUCCUACCAUGGUUACACUGAAGCCCGAAUACCAGUCCGUGUUAGGGAACGCAGAUGAUGUCAGUUUCUACGACAAAUUAUAUAUCCAUAGACGAUAUCAUUGUGGCUGGCAAUGUACUGGAUAUUGUGAGAACGGUGGGAUAGUUGGAGGCAAGUCCUGUAAAUGUAUUUGUCCCGACGGUUAUCAUGGUAAUUACUGCGAGAAACGCCUACCAGGAGCAAGCAGAAUUAUAACUUGGAGAUGCCGGAAUGGAUGGACUUUCAGGAUUGGGAUGUGUUAUAAUUUUUUUUCUAGUGUGACGUCACUGUCCUGGAGACAGGCACAGACGUUCUGUCAACAAAAUAGUGGGUCCCUCCCUAUCAUCAAGGAUCAGGAAACAUUUGAUACAAUGGCCGACCUUGUUCUAGAAAACAAAGAACUAAGUACGAGUAAGAGUUUUUGGUUGGGGUUGAAUUAUAAUAAGGCCUCGGGAAAGUACAUAUGGACGGACGGGAAUGAACUAAAACAUCAAGAAUGGCUAAGUAAGGAGAAAUCAGACACGCCCUGUGCUGUAUUUAAUGGGACAGAUAUAAUUAACAGUGGGUGUGACAAACAAUCCGACAAUGGCGUUUUCUGUACCGCGCCAUUUGACCCGUCGUGUGGUGGAAAAUUUCAGCUGCAUCAAAGUACUGAUGUAACAUCACCAAAUUAUCCAGAUCUUUACCCGUCCGAUAUCACUUGCCAGUAUGUGUUUAAAGAUUCGAACAACCGAAAGAUUCAGUUGACGUUUCAAGAUUUCUUGUUGGAGUAUUCAAAAGACUGCAGGAAUGACUAUGUUGAAGUACAGCUAGGUACUGACGUAUCUAUUCCAGGAAAAAGAUAUUGUGGUACACAGUUAAUAAACCAAACCCUAGUGUCGGAUGGAAACUUUGCAAUAGUUACACUGAAAGCCAACUCAAAAAUUCAGGGGAGAGGGUUCAAGUUAGAGGCAACUCCCGUACUUGUGUUUCGGAACAGUGGGACAUCGCAACACUUCGCAUUCACAAGAAACAUUCGAAUUCCUUUGUCAUUUUUCAGGAAACUUUUUGAAAAUUUACCGAGCCGGCUUGGUGAAGGGUAGUCUUUUACAAAUUGAUGCUUUUUCUGAACAAUAAUCUGUCAGACUUUGCUAUAAAAUGUUUUCGAAGUAGAAGUAAAGAAAUUAUGUAAAUAUAUUUGAUAGAAUAUACAUUUCCACGCUAGCAAUGAUUUAACUGCACAAAACAUGUGAUUCAUGUGAUAGAAAUAGACAGUCUUAAUUUUUAAGUUAUUUAUCAAAUGAAUACUGCAGGAAGAGUAUUUUUGCUUUCAAUUUUCUGCUCAAUACAAGCAAUUAGUUUUGUCAGGUAGCUCCGUAAAUCUAGUGAUGGUGACACCUUACAUACACUGUUCUUUCCGACAUGAUAAACUGUUCCUGAUUUAGAUAAAAACACAUAUUUUACUUUGAAAGGAAUAAACAUGUUCUAUCUAAAACAAUUAUAAAAAAAGUUUACAGGAAAAAUAAUGGUAUAAAAUCCUUUGUCGUAAGAUUGCAAAAUUGCUGUAAAUAGUGUAAAGACAAAAAAGUGAUUUCUAGUAUUGCUUUGUAUGUGCAUGAUUGUGUAUAUGCUUGUUUGAAAUAGAAUUCAUUGAUUUGAAAUUUGUGGAUGAUCGUAAUGACCAUAAGGUGCAUUAUUUAUUGCAACCGAAUUUAAUAAAUACAUUAAAUAAUGUUAAUU